UCCUCUUCUGCCCUCCUCCCUCAAGCCGCAACUCACGCACAGUCAUUACUGACACUGUUUGAUGGCCUGUCACCCGCAUGCCUGGGGGCGCCUGAAAGAAGUACUGUAAUUGCGAGGCGCCUGAGUGCUCACCACUGAGAUAGGGAGAGAGGAUGGCGAGAUCGCCCUUGGGAGGUAGAAAGGGGGCCAAGAGCCAGUCCUGGAAGUCAAUGAGUGAGUGUUGGAGGGUGUUCCGCUGCGUCAGCGAGGCCCGAACCCAGGGGCCGGCCGCGAGAGCGCAACACAGGGAGCUCUUGCUUUCCACCAGGGGGCGCUGAGCACUCUGCGGACCCGGCGGGGUCACAGGGCUGAGCCUUAGCGGUCUGCCCCUGUGGCCAUCUGCAGUCGGAGUGGAAGGUGCGGGAACGCGGGCAACAUCCAGGACCGCCAACACCUGGGUCCACGGUCCCGCGGGAGAACAGGCAGCCUUCUGUCUGCGCAGACGCGCCGCUCAGGCCGGGAGGGGCGGGGCCUGGACGGGUCGAGGGGCGGAGUCAGAUUCCGGGCCCACCUCCCCCAGCUUCAGAGAGCAGCCGAGGGCUCAGCACCCUGACUGUUCUGAAUGCUUCAGGUGAGCAGGGGCACAGAGGGGUCUGGGAGACCAUUCUCGAGGUCCAGCAGUCGGUCUGACUGCGGGUCCAUCUGACCUGCCGUCUGCCAACAGCCGCCCCCGCAGAAAAUGGGAGAACAAAGGGAGAGGGCGGUUCUGGGGCCCCUGAGGGAAUCCGGGGUCCCAGGUACCCCGCCCCGCCCACUGACACUUUCGGUUUCUCCCGAGUCAGAGGCGCCGCCCAAGAGACCCUGGGCCGGCGCACGGCUGCUUCUCCGCGUUUUCCUUUCCGUCUUUGUGUCUGUCUCCGUGUCUGUCUGGCUGUCUCCGAUCUUGCCUCCGCUUCCAGAACUAAGCCCUGAUUCGGACAUCCUGAAAACCCCAGCCCCUUUCUCAUGGAAGAUUGAUCAAAUCUUGAUUCACCAGAAGGCUGAGCGAGUGGAAACGUUCUUAGGCUGGGAGACCUGUAACAGGUAUGAACUGCGUUCGGGGUCCGGGCAGCCCCUGGGUCAGGCAGCCGAGGAGAGCAACUGCUGCGCUCGUUUGUGCUGUGGUGCCCGUCGCCCGCUGCGUAUCCGCCUGGCAGACCCCAGUGACCGUGAGGUGCUGCGUUUAUACCGCCCACUCCACUGUGGAUGCAGCUGCUGUCCCUGUGGCCUCCAGGAGAUGGAAGUACAAGCUCCACCAGGCACCACUAUUGGCCAUGUACUACAGACCUGGCAUCCCUUCCUCCCCAAGUUCUCCAUCCAGGAUGCUGAUCGCCAGACUGUCCUGCGAGUGGUGGGGCCCUGCUGGACCUGUGGCUGUGGCUCAGACACCAACUUUGAGGUGAAGACAAGGGAUGAAUCCCGUAGUGUGGGCCGCAUCAGCAAGCAGUGGGGGGGACUGCUCAGAGAAGCCCUCACAGAUGCAGAUGACUUUGGCCUGCAGUUCCCACUGGACCUGGACGUGAGGGUGAAGGCUGUGCUGCUGGGAGCCACGUUCCUCAUUGACUACAUGUUCUUCGAGAAGCGAGGCAGCACUGGGCCCUCUGCUAUCACCAGUUAGAGACCACUUUGGUUUGAGACCAUCACUUCAACCAGAACUCAAGAUGGUUCUGCCUUGGCCUGGCCCUUCCUCAGAGGCAGCACCUUUCCUCCAUGUAUACUGCAGGGGACAGAUAAGGGGCCCAUCCCUACCCUACUCCAAGGUCUCCAGCCCCUGUGGUCUUCACAGAAGAGUAUGUAUGAGAAAGCCUGCCCCCUGCUACCUCCUGCCACUGUCUCCUAGCAGUCCCUUAGGACACAGGCAUAUGGGCUUUCAAACUUUCCCUACCCACUGCCUCCCACCCUCUUUGGGGGAUGGCCUCUGCUCCAGAGGAGGCCUUUGGAUCCUAGGACUUGGGUUUUACAGUUAUGCAACAGAGCUGGGGUGGGGAAGGGCAAGUGACACCAAAGACGGCAAAUAUAGCCACCUGCAUCAGCUUGGCCAAGUAGCUCAGCCUCAGACCAUGGCACUUUGAGAGGGUUCCCACCUUCCUACCAGUAGCUUUGGCAGUGCCAGUUUCCUGUUCCUCUUGGAACCUCCCUGCCCAUAGCUGGUGCUUGCUGCAGCUUCCUGUGCCUUAUUUAACCACCCUUCCUUCCCUUGCUCUAGGAAGGAGGCUGCCUCUUUGUAUGUUAUAUUCAUAUAAACUUUGUAACUUUUUGAACAUUG